AUGUUGUUGGCAGACACGGUGUUGCUUGAGAUUGCAGGAAUCCUGGCAAGAGAGUGGAGUGUUGAGGAUGAGGAAGAACAGAAGAGAGAGCGCAGGAGAAGAGAUAGACAGCUAAGUUCUGCCUCGGAAGCAAAGGAGGAAGCUUCCUGUGCUGCACAGAAUGCAACUAGUCAAGUAGCAAAUAGGCUCUCCAGUUCCUCUGACGCCAAACCAUCAAAGCUAGAGAGCUCAAAACUGGAAAAUGAGAGGACACUGGAAGACAUACUAAAUAAGCAAGAAGACCAAAAGGUGAAAAGGCAAGUGGCAAUUUUAAAUAAUGCAAAACAAGAUACAAAGAAGACAUUGGGUGCUAGGAAGUUGGAAAAGGAAACUGUUGGAGAGAAAGUAAAGUCAUCUUCAGAACUUCCCCAAGAACAGAAGAAUCCAGGAGUGGGAAAAUGUGAAGUUCAGGUUCAGCAAAAAGGCCGUGCAGAAGGAAAGCAUCUAAGUCUGGGUCAGGAAAGGGAGACGACAACAGUGAAGAAACAUGAAAACUUGAAUAAGGAAGAGAAGAGCACAGAUGAGGUCUUUAGUGAUGAGCAGAAGGCUCCAAAUACACAUGAAUCUCAGAGACUUGCUGCAGUCCAGGAUGAGGUGGCCACACAAACACCAGAGAAACGGAAGAGUAUCAGUCGGCUUGAGGUGAAGAUUCAGUCACGAGUAAAGAACUUCUCAGAAGCUGCUGCAGCUACAUCUUCCUCUGUGCCACAGGCGACAGAAAGAAGCACUUCCUCUCCCCGAGAUGGAUCUGCAAGUCCCCUACAAAUCUCCCACCCUGUGAUUACCUAUGGGAGCUCAUUGAAACGGGCCAGCCCAAGGACAAUCUCAUUCCGGGUCGUCCCUAGGAAAGAUAAAGAAGAAGAUAAAUUACAUAGAAGUGCCAGCAUGAGGCUCCCAGCAUGCAGUGCUACACUAGAGGAGAAGCGGGAGAAAUAUACAUCUGCCGUGCAGAGAUCGGGAUCAAUCAAAUUGUCUCCAUCUGCUUGGAAAAAUUUCCAACCAUCCUCUGAGGGUGUGGCCAGUAAGCGCAGUAUCUUUGAAACCAAUGUGCGGGCUGAGCCUACCACUCUUAUUCGGAAGGAGAGUUUUAAGAUCCCAGGGGGAGUCUCAUCUCGCAUCAAUCUCUGGAUCAGUCGUACACAGGAGCCUAGCAAGGAUGAAGGAGUCAAGAACAUUCGGAGAACUGAGAACACUUCACAGCGGAGUCAAUGGGAGAAACAGUCCAAUGAUUCCUGAAAGAAAACCAGGAUGCGCCUGUACAAGCUGCUCUGGGGACAACUCCUCUCCAUUUAAAUCAAAGGCCUGGACCACUUGAACUCCUUCUGCUUCCCUUGGUUUCAGACUAUUCCCUUGCAUAGGGCCAUUUGCCUGGAAAACAAUAUCAGACAUCCUGCCUUUUGUGCCUUUUUAUGGAUAGGGUUUCUUGGUGAUGCAAAAAAAGGGGGGAACUUCUGAUUGGUGGAUGGGACAUAAUUGACACUUAUGACAUAGAAAUUCUGUUUCCAAAUCCACUUAUAUCCCUUCCUACUUCUACAUCUUCUAGUCCCCAAAUACUAAAGCCAUACAUUCUAUCAUCAAGUUGAAGGCAUGGAAACAUACAGUCCAUUCAUUGGAUCAUGCAUAUGCUAUGCCUCUGCCAUGACGGAUGCUCUAACAGGAUCCACCAUUUAGUUCUCAUACCUACAAGCACCAGCUACUGAACAAAGCAAAACAAGCCGGUUUGUCAGCUCUCCAUGAUGUCAUCACACAACCACAUAAUUUGUCUAUGAUGCAUGAUGAGGUCACUAGGACGAAGCAGGAGAAAAAUUGUGCCAAGCCUGCAAAUGAUCAGGGCCAUGAGAACUGCCACUGCCUGAAUAUCAGAAAUGGGGUGAUAGGUGUGCAUGUGUGUGCAUGUGUGUGUGGGGUGGGGGGCAGCAGAGUGCAGUCUGUUGGAAUAUGUCUUGGGGGCCUUCUGUCUGCAGAAACCCCAUAUGGGAAAAAAUAGCUUAAAAGCCUUCCUGAAAAACUGACAUACUGGUGAGAAUAUAUUCUCUGGCUGCACUCUUCUGCUUCAGUUCAGCUCUAGUCAUAACUAAGGCCUGCUGAAACGAAUGAAACAAUCGUCUCAUGAGUCCAUUAUUUUCAGUAGGAGUUAUAGUGAAAACCUGUGCACCACUAAUUAGAAUCUAGGUCCAUUGGGCUCAAAGGGACCCCACCCAGGUAGGUACAUACAAGAGUCCAGCCUAAUUAGUCCACAGCUGAUUUUAACAGGUGCAUAGGUUUGUAUGCAAAGCCAGAGUAUAACAAAAGUCAAGUUGUUUGAUGUAUUUUGGUUUGUUUGUUUUACCUUAUUUGGCUACAAAGACCUUACUCUAGAUUCAUUGGUCAUGGGGUGGAUUUGGCUUUUACUGUAUUUCAUAAUAAACAUAACUUUGGUUCCA